AUGAAAGAAGCAUUUAGCUUGUUAAGAAAUGUUAUUACCAAAAGAAAUAUUGACAAAGAAGAUGAUGAAUAUGAUCUGUUCAGUAAAAUGAUGGUGAAAAGAAUUAGAAAACUGCCAGAACAUGAACGAGAGGAAUUUAUGCAUGAGGUCGAAGGUUUGUACUUCAACAAACUGGUGACCGGUCAAAAUAUCUCCAGUACAAAAUAUCUAAUGUUAAAAAUAUCUUUAAUGGAAAUAUCUCCCAUGAAAAUAUUUUAA